AUGCACCGCGCCUAUCAACCGACUACGGCUGCCAACAAUCGACUUCUGAAGAAGCGAUGGGAUCAGCGUCAGUACGAUCUUCACCGGAACAAGGUCGCCGACAUCAAACCUCAAAUUGAUAAUAAGGCGCCAAGAACAUACAUGCACAUGCAUCUCAAGCUGAAAAAAUUGCAAGUCGAAGAAGAGCGCCUGGCGGUUGUGGAGCGCGACAACCGAAUCCUGCUCGAGAAAAUGAGCUACAUUAUGCGAACAAAGGGAAAAGUAGACAACUGGAAUCAGUACCACCAGAAAUCGCUCAACAAAUCCAGUCGACAGCGGGAGCUCCUCAGAGUUACUCACGAAAAUCAGGCUAUUCUGAAGCGAAUCAGCAGUAAGGAGCCGCAUUACAAUCACGACAUUUGGGAGGAAGAGUGGAACCAGAAUCUCAUUUACAUGCAGAACAUUUCCAAUUAUCCAAUCAGAUGGCUGAAAAACAAAAAGACGAAAGAAAUCAAACAAAAAUCAAAAUCGACCGCCGCUGAAGCUACUAAACCAGCUGAACGAGUGACCUCUCCAGUAAUCAGUGUCGAACGAGUACCUUCCAAGAAGAGCUCCACCAAGAACGUCGAUAACAACAACAACGAGGAAGAAUAA